AUGCUCAUCCCAAGGCUAGCAGGGAGGCAAUUGCGCAGCUGCUUCCGUGGCGCCAUCUGCCCCGGUGCUGCCCCUCGACAAUGGACAAGCCCCGCGCUGCUGCUGUCGAGCAGUAGCCGGCGCGCCUAUUCUUCAGCAGCAGCAGACCAGAAGAAGAAGACGAUCGAGGUCAACGGCCAGACCAUCACGACCGACGAGUGGUUCAACGUGCCCAAGACCGUCCUCGACGCGGCGUCGCGCAAGCUUCACCUGCAAAAGGACCACCCCGUCUACAUCACCCGGCAGAUCAUCGAGUCGCAGUUCCCUGCGCCGACGUACAAGUACCACAACACCUUCGACCCCGUCGUCUCGACGCACCAGAACUUCGACUCGCUGGGCUUCCCGCUGGACCACCCCGGCCGUGCCAAGUCGGACACCUACUACUUCAACAAGGAGACGCUGCUGCGGACGCACACGAGCGCGCACCAGGCGCAGACGUUCAAGAAGAACCUGAGCGAGGGGUACCUCAUCAGCGCGGACGUCUACCGCCGCGAUGCCAUCGACAGGAGUCAUUACCCCGUCUUCCACCAGAUGGAGGGCGCGCGCAUGUGGGACCGGACCAAGGUACCCAACGGCGACAUCGCGGCCGCCGUGUGGGAGGACGUGAACAAGCUGCCCAAGCAUGGCGUCAAGGUCGAGGACCCUCAUCCCGCCUUCGACGCCGAGCGGAACCCGCUGCAGGAGGGCUAUCACUCGGCCGCCGAGGCGGAGGCCAUCGGUGCUCACCUGAAGCGCUCCCUCGAGCUCAUGGUCGUUGAGAUCUUCACGCGGGCCAAGGCCGCCGCCGCGAAGGCGGACCCGGACUACAAGGACGAGCCGCUGCGGGUUCGCUGGGUGGAGGCGUACUUCCCCUUCACGAGCCCGUCCUGGGAACUCGAAGUUUACUACGCUGGGGACUGGCUCGAGGUGCUGGGCUGCGGUGUGGUGAAGCAGGACAUCUGCAUCAACGCGGGGGUGCCCAACCAGCUGGGCUGGGCUUUCGGCAUCGGCCUGGAACGUAUUGCCAUGCUCCUCUUCCAGAUCCCCGACAUCCGCCUCUUCUGGUCGCAGGAUGAGAGAUUCCUCGGCCAGUUCAGGGGCGUAUCAGACAAGCUCGACACCAUGAAGCGCUUCGUGCCCUUCUCCAAGCACCCGGCCUGCCACAAGGACGUCUCAUUUUGGCUGCGCGGAGUGUCGGCAGCGGGCGGGAACACCAAGGCCAGCGCGCAGGACUUCCACGAGAACGACAUCAUGGAGCUGGUCCGGGAUAUCGCCGGUGAGCGGGUCGAGGACGUCCGGCUUGUGGACGAGUUCACACAUCCCAAGACGGGGAGGCGCAGCAUGUGCUACCGCAUCAACUACCGAAGCCUGGAGCGCACCCUGACCAACGAAGAGACCAACGAGCUGCACAACGAGGUGACCCGGAAAUUGGUCGAAAAGCUAGGUGUCGAGAUCCGGUGA